AUGAAGACACUGGGCCUGCUCGGCGGCAUGAGCUGGGAGUCGACGACGACAUACUACCAGGAGAUCAAUCGCCGCGUCCGCCACGUUCAAGGCGGCUUGCAUUCUGCUCGAUGCGUCAUCUUCUCCUUCGACUUUGCCGAAAUCGAAGCGCUGCAGCAUGCCGACAAAUGGAAAGAGGCCGGCGACCUCCUGAACGACGCAGCGGCCAAGCUGAAGCUCGCGGGCGCGGACGCCAUCGUGCUGUGCACCAACACGAUGCAUUUUGUUAGCGACGGCAUCGAGGCAGCCUCGCAAUUGCCUCUCAUUCACAUUGUCGAUCCGACUGCCGACCGAAUACUCCAACGCGGGUUUAGCUCCGUUGGGCUAUUGGGCACGCGCUUCACGAUGGAGAAGGAGUUUUACAUGACACGGCUGGCCCAAAGGUACGGCUUGACGGUCAUCGUCCCUGAUGAAUCGGACCGCGCCAUUGUUCAUUCAAUUAUCUAUACCGAGCUUUGCAAUGGGAUCAUCGCCGAGGCGUCGCGAGAAGCAUACAGCAAGGUGAUCAGGAACCUCGCAAAGGCCGGCGCAGAGUGUCUCAUCUUGGGCUGUACAGAGAUUGGGCUAUUGGUGAACGAGGCAGACUGCGAGCUUCCAGUGUUCGACACGGCGCAAAUACAUGCCACUGCUGCCGCGGACUGGGCCAUGUCAAUUGAACCCGCCAGCAACAACUAG